AUGUCCAUCAAGAUCAGUGCGAAAAUCAAGACGCUGGGCCCGAACGACCCAUUUUUCUCGUUCGAGUUCUUCCCGCCCAAGACGGAAAACGGACUGCGCAACCUGUACGCGCGGCUCACCAGAAUGGCUCUUCUGGGCCCGCUUUUCGUCACCGUCACUUGGGGGGCAGGCGGCACCACGGCGCACAAGACGCUGGAUCUCGCGGUGACGUGCCAGCAGGAGCUUGGUCUGACCACGUGCCUGCAUCUCACGUGCACCAACACCUCGAAAGAGGUCAUUGACGACGCUCUCGAGCGGGCCAAGGCGGCAGGAAUCCGGAACGUGCUGGCUCUCAGGGGCGACCCGCCGAGAGACGGCGUCGAUCCCGAGCGCCACGGCCACUUUAAGUACGCCGUCGACCUUGUUCGGUACAUUAGAGAGCAGCACGGCGACUAUUUCUGCAUCGGAGUGGCUGGAUAUCCGGAGGGCCAUGUGGAAGGGGCCGACAACAGCGACCAGGACAUGAAAAAGGAUUUGCCGUACCUGGUGGAGAAGGUGAACGCCGGGGCGGACUUUCUGGUGACGCAGAUGUUCUACGACACGGACAAGUUUGUGCAUUUUGUGAAGACGGUGAGGGCGACCGAGGAGAUCAAGAACAAGGACCUGAUUAUAAUUCCCGGUCUGAUGCCAAUCAACGGUUAUAGCAUCUUCCAGCGUGCGUCGAAACUGAGCCACGCGUCGAUUCCGGAGCCGCUACUGGAGAGAUUCCCCGAGGAUAUCCAAAACGAUGACGACAAGGUCAAGGAGGUCGGCGUGGACGUGCUGUCCGAGAUGGUUUCCAAAAUACACAGAGACACCAACGGCGAGAUUCGUGGGUUCCACUUUUACACGCUUAACCUGGAGAAGUCGAUUGCACAGAUUAUCAACAAGAACGAGCUUCUUUCGCAGGUGCUGAAGAAGAAAGAGGAGGAGGAGCUCGAGGAGGAGACGGUUUCGGACGAGGACGUUGACGAGGCGACGACGACGGCGAAAAGGGCGGCGUUCGCCGACAGGUUCCGCCAGGUGAAUAACCAGGUUAUAGUGGACGCUCCGAUGAGACGGUCGGGAGCUCGAAACUCGAUGUCGCAGGUCAAGACAAUAGUCUCGAUCUCGUCGGGCAAGGGCACGCUGGGCAAGGACGCCACGUGGGACGAUUUCCCGAACGGACGGUUUGGCGACUCGCGGUCGCCCGCAUACGGCGAGAUCGACGGUUACGGCCCGUCGCUGAAAAUAACCUCCACCAAAGCGUACGAGCUCUGGGGGUACCCAGAGAGCCUCAAAGACAUCUCGAAAAUCUUCACCAACUACCUUAGCGGCAAGAUCAACGCGCUGCCGUGGUCGGAGCUGGGACUAAACCCGGAAACGGCGCUGAUCCAGGAGGAGCUGAUCCGGCUGAACGAGCUGAACCGGUUCACGGUUUCGUCGCAGCCUGCCACGAACUGCAGCAAGUCGAGCGACAAGAUCUUCGGAUGGGGCCCUAAGAACGGCUACGUCUACCAGAAGGCGUUUGUGGAGAUGUUCAUUUCGAAAAAAGACUGGGAGGCGCUGCUGCCUAAACUGAGUGCCAACGAAUACAUUACGUACUAUGCUUCCGAUAGCAGCGGGGGCUACGCGUCGAAUCUGCCCGGCCAGAAGAGCAACUGUGUUACGUGGGGGGUUUUCCCCGACAGAGAGAUUGUGCAAACGACCAUCAUUGAGGAGGAAUCGUUCCGUGCGUGGAGCGAGGAGGCGUUCGACAUCUGGCGAGAAUGGCAGAUGCUGUACGCGCCCGGGUCUGUGUCGCACACGCUGAUCUCGCAGGUGCUGGAGCAGUACCUGCUGGUGAGCGUGAUCCACCACGACUAUCCGAACGAGCAGGCAUUGUGGGAGCUGUUGCUGGAGGAGUAA